AGACGCCUGCUAACAUCUGCAUGCAUCGCCCGCCUCCGGGCGUUCUGCUGUGAUGGAGCCGGCACUGGUGGCGGCGGGUGGAGAGGGCGACGACGGCCGCUCCCUGCUGGCCAGGUUCGAGCGGGCGCUGCGCACUGUCGUUCGUGAGUUCCACGUGGACGUCGCCGCCUUCAAGAGGGCUGUGGAGCAGCGGCUUGAGGAAGCAUGCAGGGACACAGAGCCCCUGGCCAGCACGGUCGCCAAGCUCCAGGAAGAGAACCAGCAGCUAAAGGAGAGGCUAGAGGCCCUUGCCCAACUGGUGGACGCCCUGCCGGGGAUGCAGAUCCAGUCGGGUUCCACGACAAAUGUGGAUAUCCAGGCUCCUCAGACCAGCCAAACUCAAAAUGCAACUAAGAAGCAGGGCAGUCAGUGCUGCAGUCCAUGUGUUGCAUCCCCUGGAGGGGAAGGUGAAAUGGAUGAUCAGGCCAGUACAUACUCAGGCCCUGGGUCUGUGUGUGCAGAUUCAAUAUCUACCUCUUCCCGGAGCUCCACCACUGCAUCUGUAGGCAGCACUGUUAUAAUGGAUGCCAGUUAUCAGGCCAGUCUGAUGAGCAGAGAGGGUGAGGAGGAGGCUGGGGAUGAGGGAGAGGAGGAGGACCCCUUAAAUUCAGCUGGGCUGGAGAAUGAAUGUGAAAAAGUGUCAGCUAACCAUGGUACAUCUUUUAUCCAAUCAAAUUUGUGUGAAGAAUCUGAAGAAACCGUGUCCCUGGUCACUAUCCAGGAUGUAGAUUCUUUAAUCAUGACAUCCUCUCAACCACCUCUUAACACAGAGCCUAGACCACAGUCACCUCUAGGAAUUGAAUGUUCUGGAUAUUCUGGAUACUCCUCGGUAUCGCAGGAAGUGAUGUCAUCAGUAGCUAACCAACAUGUACCCACGGGCCAAAGACGGUGCCUUAUAACUGCCAUGAGCAGAGCAAGAGACUUGGCUAUUUCUAAGAGAUCCACACCACAGAAAGGUAUAGGUGACAUAUAUUCCCAGAGUGCUACAACCAACUUUAAUGAAGUCCAGUCUUCCAUGAUGCAACAGAGUCCCCUGUUUGAACAAUCACCUGCAGACAUCUCCAUGGGCAACCCAGACACAGAUCCUCUCCUGAAAACAGAGACCGAGGAAAUGGCAUUAUCAAGCAACAAUGAAUCUAUGCCCGCAGUGGCGCCACCCCAGACAACCGAAGACGUUAAGGGAAGACCAUUAAACUGCAUACCUCUGAAGACCUGCAGAACACAAACCAACCUCAGCUCUGGUCUUAACAAAACCAUAGCUCUACCAGUUCAGUGUACCCAUGCAACUGGUGAAUACUCCUCAGAACAAGAAGGAAGGUCUAAGAUCUCUAGUCAUCAGACACCAAAUGCAACCAUGGCAACAUCCCUGCAACCCAUCAGUGACUUGACUGUUCUCAAAAAUUCAAGACAUCUAAGAACAACAAACAAGCUAAACUAUAUGACUAACACAAUGCAACAACUACAGCUUUGGCAAUCAGUAAUUAGAGAUGAAUCUUCCUUUAGGAAUGAAAAUACUUUGGAGUCACAGAAAGAGAAGUCUUUAACCAGUUGUCUAGAAACUGGCCUGGUCCCCACAGCAACACCACAGCUACCUGUCAAUACUGAAACUAUUUUAAUGAGUCCUAAACUUCUGCAAUCAACCAAUCAAAGUGCUGCUCAAUUCAUCACCAUAAAGGAGCCAAGACCAUUCAGCAAGUCAACUUCAGAUGUGGCUACAUCUGCAAACAAUAAUUUGACCUCUUUAUCUAUGACAACACCUAUCGAUCCCACAACAAAAUUAUCAGAAUCCUCCUUUAGAACUGAGUGCUUAUUGCCAUCACAUGUAGUCAGGUCAAUGGCCAACAUCCAGUUUGACUCGGAUGUCAUGACAACUCCACAGCAACAUGCCCGCACUAUGACCAUACCCGUGAGCCCCAAGUCUCUGCGAUCAACCAACCAAAGCCCCACUCCAUUCACACCUGCUGUGACUGCAUCACCAUUUAAAGCUUCACCUGUUGCUAGGAGGCGGCCAACAACUUUCAGCCUAUCAGCUCCUGAGUAUACUACAUCUUUAACCAGCCAGCAUGUGACUCCAUUUUCCUUGGCAUUGCAGUCAUCUGACCAUUUCACAAAAGAUUUUUCUAAAGCACCCAGAUCAACAGCUCAACAUGCAGAACCUGUAGGCAGUAUGACUGUUCCCAUGAGCCCAAAACCUCUAAGAUCAACCAACCAAAGCCAUGCUCCAUUAAAAUCAACAUAUAUGCCAACACCAGAUAUCAAAUCUAACCACACAACUGGUCAUUCAUACCAACUAGUGAAUAACCCUGGUUCAGAAAACUUGACAUCAUCUGCUAACGGACCUUUUGAAGCACAAGAGUCUGUGGCAGAAUCUCAACUUCCUGUCUCACCUGCAAGCAGACUUGCAUCAGAUUUAAAUAUUCACAUGGACCUAAACACUCAGACUACGCCAACAAGCUUUAACUCAGCUCAGGCUCCUUCCACCAACCUAAACCCCAUGCCCUCCCGUACUUCCAACCUCAACCCUGUCCAAACUGGCACCACUGAUUGUAAACCUGUUGAAUCCCCCACUCCCGCAAAGAAAGCACAGUUUGGCCAGUUAGCUACACCUUCACUUACAUCUGUCAUUACUAAUUCUGACCACUCUUCACAUCCAGAUAAAAUAUCAUCUCUCAGUAAUGUAUAUCAAGAGUCUGGUGCCAUGGCUAUUCCUCAGUCUCCUGUUUCCUCCAUGACAAGAAUAAGCCCUCAUGUUCCCAGAAGACGAAUCAAGGGUGCCAGUCUCAACCAUGUCCAGGCUCAUGCUCAGUCUAACAAAACCUCACCGUUCGACCACAGCCCAGCCACAGUGCCACAUUCCUCUUCAGAACAGCAGGGUGUGAAGUCAGCCAUGGACAGUUACCCUGCUAUUUCUCGUACUUUGUCACAGCCUCAGUUGUCAGUUGGUUUAAUAAAUGAACGUGCAGGAUCACCAUCUGGAAGUGAAUACUCUGCCUACUCGUCAGUAUAUUCAUCUGUGUCUCAGGAAGUGAGGUCAUCUGUAAACAGUCAGCAUGCGACCUUCACCAAGCCUGCUGUGUCUUCUAUAGCUUCCAUGAGCCCUAGAACUCAGCGGAGACCAGUCAAUCACGAACCAGAGCUGUCGUCUGCAUCAUCACAACUAGAUAUCUCUCCAGGCUCACAGGAAGUGAGGUCACUGGGGAUGUCUCGUGUUUUUUCCCAACCUCAGCUCUCAAUAAGUUCUCUGACUAGAAGAUCAGAAUCACUUUCUGAAAGUGAAUAUUCUGGAUAUUCCUCAGUUUAUUCUUCAGCAUCACAGAAAGUGAGGUCAGUUGUAGAUGGCCAAUGCAACCAUGCAUCCGUAACCACAGCAACAGCCCAACCUCCAGUGAAUUCUAUGAUUCGCAUGAGCCCCGAGCCCUUCAGAAGAUCAGCCAAUCCCAGCUGUGCUCUCUCUAACCCCUCCCCACCAUUAAAGUCCAAGGCAUUUGGCCCGUCAGUACCGAGGACUAACAGUUGUCCACCAAUUGCUAAACCUUCUACUACUUCCGGGAACUCUGUAAUGCCACAGGAAAUGACGUCAUCAUUCAGUGGCAAAUACACAUCCAUGUCAGGACAAGCACUGUGCAACAAAAACAUCACCCAAGACAACCAAAUCCCAAAAAGCCCCAAGUCCAUCAGCAGACCAACCAACCUUACACAAACACACAUUAACUCUGCACCACAUUUUAACCUUUUGCUGUUCAGCCAAUCAGCAUCAGGUACCACAGCUCCUAAAAUAACUACAGAUUCUCCCAGCAGACCAGUAUCUGCAGUAAAGCCAUGGACCUCUAGCCAGAAGAUAGAUACAGUUUUAUGUAACCCUGAAGACAAGAGUUCAGCCAUGUUUUCCAAGCCAACUCCCUUCUCUGAUUCAAAACCUGUCAGGGAAAAUUUAAUCAAGAAGUCUGACAGCGUGGCCGUUGGGAGGAGUUUGGUGAGGUCACAAACUUUGCCGCGGAAUGUGGGCUUCGAGAGCAAGCAGGCUUUGUUUGAACAAAUGAAUUCUGAGCAUGCCAGUACUAAGACCGCAGAAUCAAAGCCUAAGCUAAGGAGGUCUCAGAGCUUCGGCGUCAGCAGUGCCAGCAGCAUCAAGCAGCUUCUGUUGGAGUGGUGCUGUUCCAAAACCAUCGGCUACCAGCACAUAGAUAUCCAUAACUUUUCCUCCAGUUGGACUGAUGGAAUGGCCUUCUGUGCUCUAGUCCACUCCUUCUUCCCCACCGAGUUUGAUUACAACGAGCUGAACCCAGCUCAUCACAAACACAACCUUGAUUUGGCCUUCACCACUGCAGAAGAGAAGGCAGACUGCAUUCGCUUGAUCGAGGUGGAUGACAUGAUGGCCAUGGGGAAGAACCCUGACCCCAUGUGUGUGUUUACAUAUGUGCAAUCCCUGUACAACCACCUCAGGAGAUUUGAGUGACGUCUCUCACCAGUCAGCAACUCUGUAGCUGGCCUGUUUUAGGUUUUUUUUUUAUCUUGCUUCUUAUUUCUGCUAUUGUGAAACAUUGCUUGCUCAAUUUAACACCAAACUAGCUUUAGGCUAAUAUCUGCUACUGAAUCAUGAUUAUAGUUGUUAUAAGUAGUGCUGUAGCACAGCCCUGAGCCUCGUAUCCUCUUGUAGUAUGAAUUUUAUAGAUAUGUUAUGAUGUAUUAAUGCAUGCAGUAACAGCUGAAACAUAAUGGCAGUAGAUAGGAGACAUGAUGAAAGUUUUUUAGAGAAAUUGAUGACUGCUAUGCUGUGAUUUCUGUCAUAAUUCUGCUCCAAGCUGGUUGCAUGAAUUUUCACGCAAAUUCCCCAUUCUGGUAGACUGCCCGUCUCUGUGUUGGCAUAUUUGAGGAGAUAUCUACUGUAGCUGUGAUGCGUUGUGCACAGCCCCUGGCAUGUAGUUAACCAUUGUCAUAAGCUGCUGCUUUGAAGUGCUACAUGGCCACGGCGCUUUUAUCAUGUGGGGCGCAUCAUGUAGAAUGAGAGAGCGUGCCAGGAACUGAGAGUGCCAGUUGAGAAGCUAGAGGCUUUUUUUAAGGGUGCUUUCGAUGGUUUUUUUAUAGUUACUUCCCCUGGGCCUUCCCUUCGGAGUCACUUCAUACUACAGCGUGCAGUAGAGUGAGAUCAUGAGAAAGACUACUGGAAAGGCCAUAAAAGGGUCAGAGUGUGAUUUUAAGGUAAAAAUAAAGGGUUUGUGUAUUCGAGAAAGGUUUGCUGCAUUGUGGUGAAGGAAGGAGGUUAUCAGUGACUACAGUGGUUUUUUGAAGAAAGCCAUUCACUGAGGUAGGACUUGUGUUAAGUGCUGCACCGAAGGACAUUACAGCGAAUUCCUUUUGUCUAAGCUGUUGAGGAGAGCCUGGGACAGAUUGGGUGAUUGCUGGGUAUCAUAACUUUGAGAGUAUUUGUGUGGUUUGAUUAUGAGUCAGAAAGAGGAGAUAUUAGGCCACUGAAUGUGGUUUUACUGCAAAUAAAGGUGUACAGCAAAAUCAAAAACUGACACAAAGAGUGACGUAGCAGUUAUUUCUGACAAACAAGAAUUAACUGUUUUCUUUCCCCAAUGUUCCCAAUCAGUCAAUCAAUAAAUGAUUGUUCUGAAAAGCUGAUUCUUUUGUAUAUGUUUACUACAGAUGAUAAAAUAUGCUAGUUAUCAUAUUUCAUACUUAUAAGUAUACAUUUAUAUACAUUUAACGUGUUUGUGUGAAUUCACUAUACUGUUCUAUACUGGUAUAGAACUAUACUGGUAAAUGUAUUUUUUUCUUUUUCUUUUUUUUGCUGAGGGAAAAGUUGAACUUUAUCUGAUGUGUUUUGUGUUUUUCACACCCUCUUGGUCAGACCGCUCUGUGAUUGUCGCUAAUGACACCAUUAAUGGGCCGUUGAUAUUAAAAGCUGUGCAAUCCGCUA